AUGGUGGAUCCAUUCUUUGGUAACAUAGGCACUGAAAGAUGUUAUGAAGCACUUGAAAAGCUAGAGAAGAAGUAUGACAUUGUUGUGAAUAUUCAGGGGCAUGAACCUCUAAUUGAACCUGAGAUAGUAGAUGGAAUUGUUAAAGCUCUGCACGCAGCACCAGAUGCAGUGUUUAGCACUGCUGUCACCUCUUUGAAACCUGAAGAUGCUUUUUAUCCAAAUAGAGUGAAAUGUGUGGUAGAUAAUCGUGGCUAUGCUAUUUAUUUCUCUAGAGGACUGAUUCCAUUUAACAAAUCAGCGAAAGUAAAUCCACAGUUUCCAUACUUGCUUCAUCUUGGAAUUCAGAGCUAUGAUUCAGAGUUUCUAAAAAUACAUCCAAAGCUUCAGCCUACUCCACUGCAACUUGAAGAAGAUCUAGAACAGCUUAAAGUCCUUGAGAAUGGCUAUAAGAUGAAGGUCAUAAAGGUUGCUCACGAGGCUCAUGGAUUUGACACACCUGAAGAUGUGGAGAAGAUCAAAUCUCUAAUGCGUGAGAGAAACUUGUCUUAG